UGACACACACACUCGCAGACGCAAAACAGCAAGCAAGCAAGCAAGCAAACAAACAAACACUACUCACCCACCCACCCAACGUCCGACCGAGAUGAAGGCCUCGCCCGGGGGAUGGCAGUGGCAGUGGCAAUGGCGGCGGUGGGCCGCAGCGGCCGCCUGCUGGUGGCUCGCCUCCGGGCCCGGAGGGCCUUCCACCCUCGCCUGGGCACCGGGGCCGCGAGGAAGGAACCAGCGGGCCGCAGGCGCAGCUUCAACCGCAACGUCAACGUCAACGUCAACAGCAACGUCAACCGUGCGGUUCGCCACCAGCUACGGAGAACAAUACGCGGCCUUUGCCAAGAUGCAGCAGCAGCUGCAGAACCAGAACCACCAGCAGAACCAGCAAACCACGCCAAAGAACGAAGCAGAAUCUCCCGGAACCAAUGCCGUUGCGGAGCCUGGAAAUCCAGAAAUUGGCAACAAGAACAAUGACAACAACAGCAGCAGCAAGAGCGACAGCAACAGCAAGAGCCAGCUCGGCUACGAAGAACAAUACGCGGCCUUUGCAAGGAUGCAAGCCCCGCUGCCCGACCCGCCAAAACCAAAACCGCCAAUCCCCGGGAGCGUCCACCGCAGGCCCGCUGCGGGUGCGGGUGCGAGUGCUUCUGUUGGUGCCACAUCGAAGGCGACCCCUGCCCGGAACCGCGAGGAGGAAGCAAGGCUCGAGAAGGCCUUUCUGGAAUUCAUCUCCGCCGGAUCCUCCUACCAGUCGAGGGCCGUCCCGCCCCCGGAGGCAAGGGUCGAGAACUACCUGCACGCCAUGUACUCGCAGAACCUGUCGACGAGGCUCGGCUUUCGGGACCUCGAACCCCAAGCAAGACAGCCCGUCGACGAAACAGAAACAAGCACAAGCACAAGCGCAAGCACAAGCACAAGCACAAGCACUCCUCCCUUGGAGGACCGGAACGAGAUCCAGAACCGCAAGCGCAACCGGAACACCCCCAGGGACACGGACGACACGGACGGCGAAAGCCCAAAAACAAAUGGCGGCGUGGGUCCCUUGCCCCAAGCCGGACCGGACGCUGCUCCGAGCGGGCGAGAGAUGUCCGCCUUUGACUCCCGGAUGGGCGUGGACUACCUCUCUGCUCCCGGAAAGGCGGAAGGCCCGUCUCUGCUGCCGUCUCCGACGUCGUACCUGGAGAUCCUGGGGACCGACUUUUCGCUGGGGGAACGAUCCACCCCGCGGGCCGCAACCUUUGCUGCUGCUGCUUCUGCUGCUGCUGCUGCCACCGGAUCGAUGCCAGCGGGUGCCCGCGAGGGUUCUGCCCCGGUGGUCCUUCCACCCGGUGGAGCCGGGAGCGAGGAGGCGAUCCUUCGACCCGCGCUGUUGCCCACGGCCGGCGAGGAACCUGCUGCUCGAUCGGUUCGUGCAGAAGCAGAUGCAGAUGCAGAUGCAGAUGCAGAUGCUGCUGCCAAAGGCCCGGAGGAAACAGAGGAUUCCUUUCGCAACCCGGACCCAAUCACCAAGGUCGGAGACACCACCACCACCAUUACUCCUGAACCCUCCGACGAACCAACGGAAAUGGACCGGUCCUACACGAUCGAAGUCCGCAUCGAAACCACCUUUCCCUCGGACGUCUCGGUCGAUCGGGCCGUAGAGGGCUGGCUGGAAUUUUGCUGGGCGAGGGGCGGCGGAAUCGUGGUUCCCGCGCAGGCCGAUGCAACGCCCCCGCGAAACGAAACCGACAAGGAGCGAGAGCCGGGAGCGCAAAGGCCCGCGGAAGGGAUCCCCACGGUCCGGGAACUCAUCGUCCCGCUCGGGAUGAAGCAGGAACUGGUCCCGACGACCAAGGAUUCCCCCGCAACGGCUUCCAACCGCUCGUCGGCCGAGACCAAAACCAAAACCAUCCGGCGGGAGGUCGUCUCCUAUCGGACCACCCAGCGGGGAUUCUUUUGCCGGGACAUGGUCCCGAAUUCGCACGAGGGAAGGGUGGAAUUCAUCGGGGCACCCUACACCUCCACAAGGAUGAUAUGGGUAGAAACCUUUCGCAUCCAGAAAGACGACGGUGUCGGCAGCGAGGACGAGGAAACAGAAACCCCAGAGGGGCAACAAACACCAACCGAAACGGACGAAAACGGCUUUGGAUUCGUCUUUACCACCAAAACCAUCAUCGACGAAUACUCCAAGCAGCUGCUGGAAUCCAAUCCCGGCCUGCAAUCGAUGCUCGCCAAGGAAAACCUCUGGGGCUCCUGGUCUCAGUUCCAGCUGAAAACCGCAACGCACAACCUCAUUGCCUACCUGGACAAAUCGAUGCCGACCAUCGAGCACGUCGAAAAAAUGCCCCCCGGCGUGGGUCCGGCAGAAGCCAUGGAGGCGUGGUACGAUUACUACUGGCGCAGGGGAGGGGGAGCCAUUGCCGUCGUGCCCGCCCCCGGAACCGAGAGCGGGGGCAGCGGCGGYAGCAGUAGCACCAGCAGCGAUCUGCGCUGGGUCCUCCCGUCCGCCCUGGAAGAAGAGCUCCUCUCGCUGGAAUUCGACCACCCGGCGUCGGAAUCGGGAGGCAUCGAGAUCGACGGGGAACCGGAGGCCGAAACCGAGAUCUCCAAGGCGGUCUACCGAGUCAACAACCCCAACCUCCUGACCUUCCCCGUGCACUACCACCGGGCAACGGUCACCUUUGUCCGGGAAACCAAAACCACACCGACCCAGCUCGUUUGGAAGGUGCAGGUGCAGCCCUACCGCAAGUUCAUGGCCGGGAGCGUGGAGUUUUGGACCAAGAAGGGCAUCGUUCUGGCCUCCAAAAACCUCAAGCGCUACCUCGAGGACCGCCAGCGGAAACAAAGGAAGCAGGAAAUCAAGGAGCAGCUCAAACGACUGGAGGAGGAAACCCGGGCCCUCGAAGAARCCAGGGAGGAGGAGGAGGACUGGAUCGUGGACGACCUGCUCGCGUCCCACGAGGACCUGCGGGCCUUUCUGGGGGGCCCACGCGGCGGGGGCCGCGGCGAGGCGGAACGAACCUUGGAUCCACCCUCUCGGCGCGAUCCGGAACCGGCGGGGCCGCCGGGAGGCGGUGGCAACGGCCGUUCUCGCGAAAGAAUGCCGCCGGUGCAAGAUGCGGAAGCGUCGCUGCUGCGGCAGGGCAGCGACGACAACGACGACGACGACGACGAACCAGAAAUCUCUCCCAAGCGGGACGCGGCUCCCCCUUUUCUUCGCGAGAGAAUCCCGCCGGUGAAAGGUGCGGAACCGGCAGGGCCGCAGCGAGGCAAUGGCAAUGCCACUUCUUCCGAGAGGACCACAGCUCCCCCUUUGUGCCGCGACGGAGUCCCGCCGGUCAAAGAUACGGGAAAAACACCGCUAGAGCAACCUUCCCGUCGAGACGGAAUCCCGACGGCGAAGGACUUGGAAGCGACACGGCUGCAGCAGGGUGAUGAGGACGGCAUCACUCCCGGAGAAACCACUCCUCCCCCUUUCUUUCGCGACGGAACCCCGCCGGUGCAAGCRCCAGAGGUGCAGACACAAGCGUCWAACUCCAAACGCCAUGGCAACGACYGCGAAAAUUACCAGGAAACGMACGUUCGGCCUGCAGCGGAAGAUSGGAGCGAGCMGGAACCACGRUUUCGAGCGGAUGCACCUCCUUCACUCUUUCACGAYGUGACCCGCAGCGUCUCAAACAAGGGCGAGAUCGACAUYGAGAAUCACAGGAGGAMAAGCCRMAAKGGGAAUCGGUCCCCCGUCGAGAAUCAACAAACGGAAMGCAGYCCAUACCAAGAAGCACGCAAGACAACUCCAAUUUAUCACUCGGUGACCCGCGAUAUUCGUCGGGAAGGAACAAGGAAGAUCGACAACGAAAAGGAGGACGAGAUCCGUACCAAACAAAGCAACAAUGGGAGCAGAAAAUCCCCAAUCCAUAACGACGAAACGAAACGCAACCGGCCACGAUUCGAGGAGCAAACCAAGAAGAAGCAAAGCCCCUACGUCAGGGUACGCCCAACCGCUCCGAUUUAUCACACGGUGWCCCGCGAUGUGCGUGGGAAGAAGCAACCGGUCAUUCUUCCGAUGCACGAGUCCGGAGGAGAAACCGGAUCCAUGUUUCGGCCCCGUCCCAAAACAGGCAACGCGACCAUAGCGAUCGAAGUCCCUCCCCCGGGCAAACCCUGAGCAACAGGAAGGAGGACGUCGUUGAUGCGUCGGAAUUUCUGUUUCAAUUCGUUUCCAUAUUUUUUAUGCAUUGCAUGUACCUUUUAAUUACCUG